AUCAAAGGCCCGUGGUCGCAGACGGAGGACGAGACACUGCAGCACCUCGUCGACGAGCUUGGGCCGGAGAAGUGGGUAGCCAUCGCUCAGCGCCUCGGCACCCGCAGCGGAAAGCAGUGCCGUGAGCGCUGGCAUAACCACAUCAACCCUGACAUUCGCAAGGGCCCAUUCACACCCGAAGAGGACUCGCUCAUUCUGCGCCUGUUCACGGACGUUGGCAGCAAGUGGGCGUACAUUGCCAAGUACAUGCCCGGUAGGACGGACAAUGCCAUUAAGAAUCACUACAACACUGUGCUUGUCCGUCGCGCCAAGCUCAUC